AUCAAAUUCAAAAUAUUUGGAACAUGUAUAAAGUAUGCGCUGCCGUGGGCAAAACCACUCUCACAGUCCUCACUUGCCUCGUAUAGAGGUUCUACGCGCGAGUGUAGUAACAAGUCUGCAGUCUGUCAAGAAUUUGUUAUAAAUAAAUAAUUUAGUGUUUCGAAAGAAAAUUAAUUUUUCGUCAUGGGUGUUAUACGAAUUCACUGGAUCUGUGUAAUUAUUUGGUGCUUAGCAUUCAAACCUCUUAAUUCACAAUGGGCAUUCGACGACGAUGGUUGCCGAACACCAUACAGAGGAAUCGGAACUUGUGUACCUAUAAAGCAAUGUCGGCCAAUGGUGGAGUACCUUCAAUCGGCACCAGCACUAACAUCCCAGGUUAUUCAAAUACUAAACGAGUACCAGUGCGGUUUUGAAAGGAAUGAGGUGAAGGUCUGUUGUCCAGAUGGUGCAAUACAGAUCAAUAAGCCAAAGAAUCCUACGGGCCACAGGAACCUAAAUCUAUUACCGCAAAAUUGCGGACUACUUCCUGGUGGAAAUCGAAUUAUAGGAGGGAAUAAAACCGCCCUGUUCGAGUUCCCGUGGAUGGCUUUAUUGACGUAUGAUACGCCAAAUGGACGGGACUUUCGAUGCGGCGGUUCUAUUAUCAAUAGCCGAUACAUAUUAACGGCCGCACAUUGCAUAACGAAGCUUUCCAAUCUGAAACUGGUACAGGUACGUUGUGGAGAAUAUAACAUCAGUUCUUCGUUGGACUGUGAAAUUCAAAACGAACCUCAGGCGGAAACACUUUGCGCGCCUCCAGUGCAGGAUAUGGACUUUGAGGAAACUAUUCCACAUCCCGACUACAAUCCGGCCACUUAUACUGAUGAUAUUGGGUUAAUUCGUUUGGCUGCACCAUUAAACCUCAGUGUGGAAAGCGUGAAGCCAAUCUGCCUUCCCGUAGACAACUCCUUGAGAAACUUCAAUUUCACCUCUCGAAGACUGAUCGUCACGGGUUGGGGUGCUACGGAAGCAGGUCGAAGGAGUGAAGAUUUACUAAAGGUGGAAGUCGGAGUCACGUCAUUGGAAAAUUGUCGGAGAAUUUAUGCAAAUACGCCCGCUCUUCUAAAUGAAAAACAAAUUUGUGCCGGUGGCCAUAAAAAGAGAGAUUCGUGUGGGGGAGAUAGUGGAGGACCAUUGCAGAGGAUAGACACAUUGUAUGAUGAUUCCCGCUUUGUGCAGUAUGGUAUAGUCUCAUUUGGGCCCAGACUUUGUGGGCAAGAAGGUUUUCCGGGGGUUUACACCAGAACGGAUUCAUACAUGGAGUGGAUUUUGGACAAUUUAAGACCGUAGUUCCUUUGAUGCACGUACUGUUUUCAUUGUCAUUCCUUCUUAGAAUCAUCAUUUAACUUAUUCUGCACAGUAGCGCAAACUUAAUGUAUAGGCUUAACCUAAUUUAAUACGUAAACUAAAUAGUACUUAAGUUUGCUUCACUACGAUACAACGAAGCACCAUGCAUACGCAAUAUUUGUGUUUGUAAAUAUUUAUUAAAAUUAAGCCUGUGAUGUACUGAUUGUAUAUAAUUACGUCUUUUAAGUUAGUGAUAAAUCUGAGUUUUAAUUUAAUGUAGAAUACGAAUAUAUAGUAGUAGAACUUAAGAAAAGUCCAUUAUUAUUCCUUACAUUAAUUCUCCAGUAUUUUUAUGUUUUAAGUAAAGUUUACCCAAUUGUUAAAAA